AUGGCUGUAGCCUGGACGAGACUCAUACGGUUUGUUGCAAAAGACGGAAGGGUGCUUAGGGGAGAGCCCAUCCUCCCAAAUGAUGAAUUUGACUUGGGAGAUACAACAGAAGAAACAAGCCUGAGGGCAAAGGUUAUUUCUGGAUCUGACAUUUACGACACGUCCGGGGAAACUAAAGUCACCGACGAGGUUGUGGUGGUGAAGAGGCUGCUAGGCCCCUUGACACCAGAAGACGUGCCAAUAUUACGAUGUAUUGGAUUGAACUAUGCUACCCAUAUCAAAGAGGCCGGUCGGAAGCCGCCGCCCUUUCCGUCUUUGUUUUACAAACCAAACACGACCGUCCUCGACCACGGCGCUGAUGUGGUCAUUCCCAAGAUGUGCCAGGAUGACCAGGCCGAUUACGAGGGUGAGCUAUGCAUUGUUAUCGGAAAAGACGCCAAAAACGUACCUUUGGCAGAAGCACUGGACUAUGUCGCUGGCUAUACUUGCGGCAACGAUAUCUCAUCAAGAAAGCUGCAACGCGAUCCUGCAUUAGCGCGCAACGUACCCCAGUGGGGAUUUUCGAAAGGAUUCGACACUUAUGCGCCGUUGGGGCCUUGUUUGGUGGGGUCUGAUAUUAUUGGAGAUCCCAAGACGCUUCUGCUACGGACAAAAAUCAACGGCGAAGUGAGACAGAAAGAGGGGAUAAGCGAUCUAGUCUUUGAUUGUGCUUAUAUCAUCUCGUAUCUCUCCUCGGGAACGACACUACAAAAGGGGUCAGUCAUUAUGACGGGAACUCCAGGUGGAGUUGGUGCUGGUUUUGACCCACCACGUUGGCUUACACCUGGGACGCAGAUGGAAGUUAGCAUCACCAAAAUCAGUACUUUGAAAAACGGCGUUAAGUUUGCAUAG